AUGUAUUCCGCAAGGCAGCCGAUCAACUCGAACAAGGCCGUCCUCUGCUUGAUCUCUCAACAACGACUACGAGAAGAUCAAGGCUCUCGGAGAAGCGGAAAACGCCUGAAGGCCAGCGGCCGGCCGUUGCCCACCCUCGAGCGUCUCGAAAAGGCCACCGAAGCCUCAAUACGGCCAACAUUCGCGCUCCAAGACCGAGCCGAUGCCCUCGAGGAUUUGCACAAGAAGGCU